ACAAUUUCAAUAGGCAGAAUUGAGCCUUCAUUAGCUUUAUGCUUUAGCCUCAUGUCAGGCAUAUAUACAAAUAAUGCAACCAUAUGCAUAUCUAUACCCAGGAGUUAUUAGACUCUGAUGGUUUUUGUCGAUGUUCAGUUCUUUACGUAUUCCUAUUCUGACAACUAAUUUACAUGGCAUGAUAUUUUGGACUACAUCCAUCAUAAGUUGUCGCCAAAAGCUUUUAUUAUUUAAAAUCUCCUUUGUUUUAUAUAUUCGACGUCUGCAAAUUUGCUGUUUUUCAAAAUCCUCACCAAAUUGCCUUUUCAAUAUCAAUCCAUAUCUGUCUGAUUUAAAAUAUAUACACUUCUAAAAAAAAUAAAUAAAUAAAGGGAACACUAAAAUAGCACAUCAGAUUUGAGUGAAUGAAAUAUUCUUAUUAAAUACUAUGUUCUUUACAUAGUUAAAAUCACUGACAACAAAAUCACACAAAAACGUUCAAUGGAAAUCAAGUUUAUUAUCCCAUGGAAAUCUGGAUUUGGAGUCACACUCAAAAUUGAAGAGGAAAAACACGACAAGCUGAUCCAACUUGGAUGCAAUGUCCUCAAACAAGUCAAAAUUAGGCUCAGUAUGUGUGUGGCCUCCACGUGCCUGUAUGAAUUAAGAAAAAGUUAUAGGGUAUUUUAACAGGGUAAUCUAAAUCCAUUUUAAACGCAGGAAGCUGUUAUCAAAGCCUGCUAUUUAUAUAAGAAAAAAAGCAAACGACGUAUGCUAAAAUAUUUAUUACAUUAUAUAAUAUAAACAAAUGACCCAGUAAUAAGUUUUCUACAACGAUAGGGUAUAUUAUGCUACAAUACACCACAGUUUACUGUAGUAAAAACUAAAGUAUAGCAGUAUACUUAACUACUUACUGUACACUCUCAUAAAGGUACAAAAUCUGUCGCUGAGGUGGUACCCUUUCUCAAGGUAGGCUACACUUGUACCAUACAGUUGGACAUUAGUACCUUUAGGGUUCACUUUUGUACCUUUGUUACUGUGAGGUACGCAUUUGUACGUUUUAGGUAUUAUUAUAUCUUUUGAUGACCUGUUAAGAACAGAAAUGUACAUACAGAUUUUGUACUUUUAAUUCUGACUGUGUACUACAGUAUCACUUCACUAUAGUUAAUAGUGGUGUAGCAUUCAUUGACAGCGUUGUAAAUACUAUAAUAUAAACAGUGGAAUAUUCCUAAAACAUUACAAUAAAAAUUACUAUAGUAUUUUUUUUUCAUGUAAUUAAUUUAAAUUGAUUGAAAUAAUACAUAAAGCUGUUGCAUUUUGUAUUGAGUUGCAAAAAUGUGAUCAGAGUUAAAGCCCUUAAGGCUUAGAAAUAGACAAUCGACUAUUCAGUUCUUGUAGCCUUCGUCAUGACAGGGUUGGACUGUUUACAACACUGAGGAGGGGCUGGUUUUAAUAACAUGACAUUAUUUAUCACAUUUCACACUUAUUAUGAGUGGAAGAUGUAGUAAAUUUGGGCGUAUUUGUUUACGCAAUACAAUAUUUACAAAGAAAAAGAGCCUGUUUUAUCGCUGCACUGCACAAUAGCCUAUAUAUUUGUAUAAGGUUGGUCAAAUAUCGGGUUUUCUUUGCCACUUUUCACGCAUUUUGUGAAUGCAAGACGAAGUAAAUUGGGCGUUUAAGCUUGCGCAAUGAACUGUUUACUAACAAAAAAAGCCAGUUUCACGAUACAUUGCACUGUAAGCCUAUAUAUUUGUACAUAAAAGUAUGCAGUCUGAAUAACUGGUGAAAUGUUGUUGCUUUUCGGCACUUUUACGCCAUAAUCAACCCGAAUUAUGACUGAAUCCUCCCAGCGGUUUUCCAACGCCACGUCGCGCUGCCUUCAGCCAGACUUCCAGAAGAAAAGCGCGUGCCAUUAUUAAAGUUUAUCGUUUGUCUCCACACUAAACUAAGCUUUAACAAAACUGAUGAGUACUUCGACCGAGUGUCCGCUCUUUCUGAAGUGGAUAUGGCUUUGUUGGUGCUCCUCAUUCUCAGUCUUCCAGCGUGUGCGUCCAUGAGAACAAACCGAGAGGACUUCGAAGGUUUUCGGGUUGAAGAAAAGCCAGAAGCUGCAGCGUUCAAGCCCAAGCAACCUCCACAUAUCAUCUUUAUUCUGACCGACGACCAGGGCUUCAAUGACAUCGGCUACCACAGCGGGGAGAUCCGCAGCCCGACGCUGGAUAAGCUGGCCUCGGAGGGGGUCCGGCUGGAGAACUACUAUGUCCAGCCGCUGUGCACGCCGUCCCGCAGCCAGCUCAUCACAGGCAGGUAUCAAAUACACACGGGCCUCCAGCACUCCAUCAUCAGGCCACGUCAACCCAACUGCCUACCUCUGGAUGUGGUCACGCUCCCUCAGCGCCUUCAGGAAAUUGGCUACUCCACUCACAUGGUUGGAAAGUGGCAUUUGGGUUUCUAUCGGAAAGACUGUUUGCCAACUCGCCGUGGGUUUCACACUUACUUCGGUUCAUUGACAGGCAGUGUGGACUACUAUACGUAUGGCUCGUGUGACGGCAAGUCACUGUGUGGAUUUGACCUCCACGAAGGAGAGUCCGUGGCUUGGGGUAGAGCGGGCAAGUACUCAACUCACCUCUACACCCAAAGAGUGCGCAAAAUAUUAGCCACACACGACCCAACCAGUCAGCCCCUUUUUAUUUUCCUUUCCCUUCAGGCAGUGCAUACUCCUCUAAAGCCGCCCAAAGAGUACAUCUACCCAUAUCGCAACAUAGGCAACGUUCCCCGGAGGAAAUAUGCUGCAAUGGUGUCUAUAGUUGACGAGGCAGUCCGGAAUAUAACGUAUGCACUGCGCAAGUAUGGCUUCUACCGAAACAGUGUUGUCAUAUUCUCUACUGAUAAUGGGGCGCAACCACUGACCGGGGGCAGUAAUUGGCCCCUGCGAGGGUGUAAGGGAACAUAUUGGGAAGGUGGCAUUAGAGGAGUGGGUUUUGUGCACAGUCCCUUGAUACGCCAUCGAAGAAGGAUUAGCAGAGAUCUUAUUCACAUUACUGACUGGUAUCCAACUCUUGUUGGACUUGCUGGGGGAAAUGUUUCCCAGCAUCAGGGGUUAGAUGGGUUUGAUGUUUGGCCUACUAUUAGUGAGGGGAAAGAAUCACCACGUUUGGAAAUUCUUCAUAAUAUUGACCCUCUUAAUCGCCGCAGUCGGGGUUCACUUAAGGAUGGCUACGGACUUUGGGACACCACUGUACAGGCGGCCAUUAGAGUUGGUGACUGGAAGCUCCUGACGGGUGAUCCUGGGAAUGGGGAUUGGGUGCCGCCACAUGUCCUUACACACUUCCCCAGCAGCUGGUGGCAUCUAGAGCGGGACAUUGGAGAAAAGAGGAAAUCCGUAUGGCUUUUCAAUGUAACAGGUGACCCUUGUGAACGGCAUGACCUUGCGGUGCACAGGCCUGAUGUUGUUAGGGAGCUGCUAGCACGGCUAGCCUUUCACAAUCGCACCGCAAUACCUGUCCGCUACCCGCCUGAUGAUACCCGUGCCAACCCUAGUGCGAAUGGAGGGGCAUGGAGACCUUGGGUUGGUGAAGAUGACGAGGAGGAAAACUGGGAUGGAGUUUAUUAUAAGAGAGGAAAGAAUCGCAAAAGGAAGAAAUGUAGGCUCUGCAAGCUGCAAUCUUUUUUUAAGAAGUUUAACUUAAAGAUCAUGUCAAAACAAAUAUAGGGAUCUUCUGCUAUUAGAUAUCACUGAUAAGACUAAACCUAAGUGUUGACCAUGUACAGCGGUUGAACAAUGAAACUAAAAUGCCAGGUUUUAGACCACAAUAAUUCAUUAGUAUGGUCUAGGGCAGGGGUCCCCAUACUCUGUUCUGGAGAGCCGGUGUCUUGCAAAGUUUAGUUCCAACCCCAAUCAGACACACCUGGGCAAGCUAAUCAAGCUCUUACUAGGCCAGUG